ACCAUGGGCUGCUGCUGCAGCUCCAGCCUCGAUGAGGACUGGAUGGAAAAUAUUGAUGUGUGCGAACGAUGCCACUACCCUAUUGUUCCAUUGGAUGCUAAGGACACGCUCCCAAUGAGGAAUGGGUCUGAUGUGCGGGAUCCCUUGGUCACCUAUGAUGGCUUGGACCCACCUGUGUCUCCGUUACAAGAUAACCUGGUCAUCGCCCUGCACAGUUAUAAACCCUCCCAUGAUGGGGACCUGGGCUUUGAGAAGGGGGAGCAGCUAAAGAUCCUGGAGCAGAACGGAGAAUGGUGGAAGGCACAGUCCCUGACCACUGGCCAGGAGGGCUUCAUUCCCUUCAACUUUGUGGCCAAAGUUAACAGCCUGGAGCCUGAGCCUUGGUUUUUCAAGGACCUGAGCCGGAAGGAUGCUGAGAGACAACUUCUGGCCCCUGGGAACACCCAUGGAUCCUUCCUGAUCAGAGAGAGUGAGACAACAGCAGGUUCCUUCUCACUCUCAGUGCGAGACUUUGACCAGAACCAGGGGGAAGUGGUGAAACAUUACAAGAUCCGCAAUCUGGACAAUGGUGGCUUCUACAUUUCCCCCCGAAUCACCUUUCCUGGUCUGCAUGAGCUGGUCCAGCAUUACUCUAAAGUCUCCGAUGGGCUCUGCACCCGAUUGAGUCGGCCCUGCCAGACCCAGAAGCCGCAGAAGCCCUGGUGGGAAGAUGAGUGGGAGGUACCAAGAGAGACGCUGAAGCUGGUGGAGAGGCUGGGAGCUGGCCAGUUUGGGGAGGUCUGGAUGGGGUACUAUAAUGGACACACCAAGGUUGCAGUGAAAAGCCUAAAAGCGGGCAGCAUGUCCCCUGAUGCCUUCCUGGCUGAGGCCAACCUGAUGAAACAGUUGCAGCACCAACGGCUGGUCCGCCUAUAUGCAGUGGUCACGCAGGAGCCCAUCUACAUCAUCACAGAAUACAUGGAGAACGGGAGCCUGGUAGACUUCCUCAAAACCUCAACUGGGGUCAAACUAACCAUCCAUAAAUUGCUGGAUAUGGCUGCACAGAUUGCUGAGGGCAUGGCCUUCAUUGAGGAGCGGAAUUACAUCCACCGAGACCUUCGGGCGGCCAACAUCCUAGUGUCAGACACACUCAACUGUAAGAUUGCUGACUUUGGCUUGGCCCGGCUAAUUGAGGACAAUGAGUACACAGCCAGGGAGGGAGCAAAAUUUCCCAUCAAGUGGACAGCUCCUGAAGCCAUCAACUAUGGGACAUUCACCAUCAAGUCAGAUGUCUGGUCUUUUGGCAUCCUGCUCACAGAAAUUGUCACCUAUGGGAGGAUUCCCUACCCAGGAAUGACCAACCCCGAGGUGAUCCAGAACCUGGAGCAAGGUUAUCGGAUGGUGAGGCCGGACAACUGCCCAGAGGAGCUGUACAAACUGAUGAUGCUGUGCUGGAAGGAAAGACCCGAGGAGCGACCUACCUUUGACUACCUGAGGAGUGUAUUAGAGGACUUCUUCACUGCCACAGAGGGCCAGUACCAGCCCCAGCCAUGACCUUCCUACUUUGAUCUCUCCCAUCCCAGGCCCCGGCCCACCUCCCCAACUUUAUACCCUUACCUCCUAAAUGGCCCCACUCAGACUGACUGACAAAGGAGCUGGGUCCUUCUCCAGAGUCCUGGAAAGACAGGGGGGCAUCCUGCCUAAGGUGACCCUCUCCCCCAUCAGGAUGGAGGCAUGGGGCUUUAUCACCUGUGGCAACCUGUUACUUAACCUGCCAGGAGAAGACUUGGAAUUGAACUCAUCCUUUGUGCGCCCCACCCCCAACAUUUUAUCUCCCAGGCUGAUCUUUCCACCUCAGUCCUCCCCUUGAUUUGCCUGGAGGAAAGGAGAAGCCUGGAGUCUGCCUCAGCCUUUUGACUCUUUUGUCUAUGUGUCUAUCUAGACUGGACUCACUUUCUCAGUCCUCCCGAGAUUCAAGACUUUUAGCAGUCUUUUGAGGGUAGGAAUUAUUCUUCUAAAUUUCUGUCUCUCUCUCAGACCCUGCCCUGCACACAGAGGACAUCCAAUAAAUGUUAGCUAAGAAUGGUAACUCUCUCUACCCAUCACCACUCCUCCACCCCAGGUUAGGCCCACAGCUCUCAUCUUUGGGCUGUUGAGGAAAGGAGGUGAAGAAAAGGGUGGCAGGAUAGAGGGGAGGAUGGGAAUAGGAUCUUGAGAGCUUCUAGAAUUGCAUCUCUGCUCCAAGAAACCUAUGGCUAUGUGGCAAGUUCCUUCUCUGAGUCUUAGUUUUCUUUUCUUUAAAAUAAGGAUAAUCUUUUUUUUUUUUU